AUGCAUGUAAUCAGCUUUUUGACCAGUUAUGUACUAGCAUAUCUUGGAUUUACAAUGAUAUAUCAUGCAUUAGCUGUUACUGCUGUCCCACCAGAAUGUCCUUAUCGAAUUAUUUUUCAUGCUAUGAGUAAUGCAAAUUUUUGGUUGUUAACAAUUAUAACUAUACUUUUGGCAUUAUUACCCAGACUGCUUAUGAUUACAAUAAAAAAUACAUUUCAUCCCAGUAUGGAUACUGUUGCUAAUCUGCUUGCAAAACGUUUUGGACGUGGUAAACAUUUACCUUUACAGUCUUAUUUACUACGUGUACCAUAUUCAUAUAUGAUGAGAAAUCGAUUUUCUAUCUUACCUACAAUGAAUCAUAUUUCAUCUUAUACUUCUGAAAUAAAUAUCAAUAGAUCUACUGAACAUGGAGUAUAUAUUCAUGAUCUUGUUCAUGCUGGUAGUGGUGUUGAUAUAGAUGAUAGUACUGAAUUUGAACAUUAUACAACAAUGAAUGGAAUAUCUAAUCCUUCAAAACAUAGUACAGAAUUGGCUACAAUAACUGAGACACCAAUUCAUAUUAUUUCACAUUUAGUUCGACUUUUUAGUUUAAGUAGUCAAAUAAUUCGAGGUGUACCACCUGAUACUACUACUUCUACUACUGUUACUGUUACAAAUUAUCAAAAACGUUUUCAUCGAAAUUAUCAUACAUUUUAUGAAAAUUUACUAUCUAAUCAAAGAUUAUUAAUACGACAAGAAAGUGUAGCAAAUUUUGAUGAUGAAGAUAAUGAUAAUAAUGAAGGAGAUCGUUAUAAUAAUAAUAAUAAUGGAGAUUCAAGUAGGCCAAAAAUACCUGCAUUAUGGCCAGCAAUCAAUCCAAAUAAUAGAAUGAUUAAAGUGUUUGGUUAUCGAGAGAGAGCAUUAAAACGUCAACGACACCAGAUCAAGCAACAACAACAUCAAUACUCCACCUAUCCUUCAACUCGAUCAUCUGGACAACGACCACCAUUAUAUCAAGAUGAUAAUUUUCUAUUUGGUUUAACACCUAGUCAAUAUCCACCACCAUAUCGAUCUAAAGAAGAUGUCAAUGAAUAA